CCACUUCCUCCGCCCGGGCCGCGGCUGUCAGGGAGCCCGGCACGCAGUGCAGGCUUGAGGCGCCGCGCCGAGGAGGCUGCCGCUCUGGCUCGUCGCCCCCCCGCCGCCGCCGCGCCCCCGACACCCGCCGCCGGCCAUGGACCUGCCCAGGAGCCUCGUGGUGGCCUGGGCGCUCAGCCUCUGGCCAGGGUUCACAGACACCUUCAACGUGGACACCAGGAAGCCCCGGGUCAUCGCGGGCUCCAGGAGCGCCUUCUUCGGCUACACGGUGCAGCAGCACGACAUCGGGGGCCAGAAGUGGCUGGUGGUAGGUGCCCCGUUGGAAACCAAUGGCCACCAGAAGACGGGUGACGUGUACAAGUGUCCAGUGACGCACGGGAACUGCACCAAGCUCAACCUGGGAAGGGUGACCCUGUCCAACGUGUCCGAGCGGAAGGACAACAUGCGCCUGGGCCUCAGCCUUGCCACCAACCCCAAGGACAACAGUUUCCUGGCCUGCAGCCCGCUCUGGUCUCACGAGUGUGGCAGCUCCUACUACACCACGGGGAUGUGCUCGCGAGUCAACUCCAACUUCCGGUUCUCCAAGACCGUGGCCCCGGCCCUGCAAAGGUGCCAGACCUACAUGGACAUCGUCAUUGUCCUGGAUGGCUCCAACAGCAUCUACCCCUGGGUGGAGGUCCAGCACUUCCUCAUCAACAUCCUCAAGAAGUUCUACAUCGGCCCUGGGCAGAUCCAGGUUGGAGUUGUGCAGUACGGGGAAGACGCGGUCCAUGAGUUCCACCUCAAUGACUACAAGUCUGUGAAGGACGUGGUGGAAGCUGCCAGCCACAUCGAGCAGAGAGGAGGAACGGAGACCCGGACAGCAUUUGGCAUAGAAUUUGCUCGCUCCGAGGCUUUCCAGAAAGGUGGAAGGAAAGGAGCCAAGAAGGUGAUGAUUGUCAUCACGGACGGGGAGUCCCACGACAGCCCUGACCUGAAGAAGGUGAUCCGGCAAAGCGAGAGGGACAACGUGACCAGAUACGCAGUGGCCGUCCUGGGCUACUACAACCGCAGGGGCAUCAACCCGGAAACUUUUCUAAAUGAAAUCAAAUACAUCGCCAGCGACCCCGAUGACAAGCACUUCUUCAAUGUCACGGACGAGGCGGCCCUGAAGGACAUCGUGGACGCACUGGGGGACAGGAUCUUCAGCCUGGAAGGCACCAACAAGAACGAAACCUCCUUUGGACUGGAGAUGUCUCAGACGGGCUUUUCCUCCCAUGUGGUGGAGGACGGGGUUCUGCUGGGAGCCGUGGGCGCCUACGACUGGAACGGAGCUGUGCUGAAGGAGACGAGCGGCGGGAAGGUCAUCCCGCACCGUGAGUCCUACCUGAAGGAGUUCCCCGAGGAGCUUAAGAACCACGGCGCAUACCUGGGGUACACGGUGACAUCGGUCGUGUCCUCCAGGCAGGGGCGGGUGUACGUGGCCGGAGCCCCCCGGUUCAACCACACAGGCAAAGUCAUCCUGUUCACGAUGCACAACAACCGGAACCUCACCAUCCACCAGGCUCUGCGCGGCGAGCAGAUAGGCUCCUACUUCGGGAGUGAAAUCACGUCGGUGGACAGCGACGACGACGGAGUGACCGACGUCCUGCUCGUGGGCGCCCCCAUGUACUUCAGCGAGGGCCGGGAGCGAGGCAAGGUGUACGUCUACGUCCUGAGACAGAAUCGGUUUGUUUACAACGGGACGCUGAAGGACUCACACAGUUACCAGAACGCACGGUUUGGGUCCUCUAUCGCCUCCGUCCGAGACCUCAACCAGGACUCCUACAACGACGUGGUGGUGGGAGCACCGCUGGAGGACAGCCACGGGGGAGCCAUCUACAUCUUCCACGGCUUCCCCGGGGGCGUCCUGAAGAGGCCCAAGCAGAGAAUCGCCGCGGCGGAGCUGGCUCCUGGCCUCCAGUAUUUUGGCUGCAGCAUCCAUGGGCAACUGGACCUCAACGAGGAUGGUCUUGUGGACCUGGCGGUGGGCGCCCUGGGCAACGCUGUGAUUCUGUGGUCCCGCCCCGUGGUCCAGAUCAACGCCAGCCUCCGCUUUGAGCCGUCCAAGAUCAACAUCUUCCACAAAGACUGCAAGCGCAACGGCAGGGACGCCACGUGCCUGGCCGCCUUCCUCUGCUUCACGCCCGUCUUCCCGGCGCCCCACUUCCAGACUGCAACUGUCGGCAUCAGGUACAACGCCACCAUGGAUGAAAGGCGGUACACACCGCGCGCCCACCUGGACGACGGCGGGGACCGCUUUACCAACAGGGCUGCCCUGCUGUCCGCCGGCCAGGAGCACUGCCAGCGGAUCAACUUCCACGUCCUGGACACCGCUGACUACGUGAAGCCAGUGACCUUCUGGGUGGAGUAUUCCCUGGAGGACCCGGACCACGGUCCCAUACUGGAUGACGGCUGGCCCACUACCCUCAAAGUCUCGGUGCCCUUCUGGAACGGCUGCAAUGAAGACGAGCACUGUGUCCCUGACCUUGUGCUGGACGCCCGCAGCGACCUGCCCACCGCCAUGGAGUACUGCCAGCGCGUGCUGAGGAGACCUGCACAGGACUGCUCCGCCUACACGCUGUCCUUUGACACCACGGUUUUCAUCAUAGAGAGCACACGCCGGCGGGUGGCAGUGGAGGCCUUGCUGGAGAACCGAGGCGAGAACGCCUACAGCACCACACUGAACAUCUCCCAGUCGGCCAACCUGCAGUUUGCCAGCCUCAUCCACAAGGACGACUCGGAAGGCAGCAUCGAGUGUGUGAAUGAGGAGAGGCGGCUCCAUAAGAAAGUCUGCAACGUCAGCUACCCCUUCUUCCGGGCCAAGGCCAAGGUGGCCUUCCGGCUGGAUUUUGAGUUCAGCAAAUCCGUCUUCCUGCACCACCUGGAGAUCCAGCUCGCCUCGGGCAGCGACAGCGAGGAACAGGACAGCACCAAGGAUGACAACACUGCCCUCCUACGUUUCCACCUCAAGUACGAAGCCGACGUCCUCUUCACCAGGAGCAGCAGCCUGAGCCACUACGAGGUCAAGGCCAACAGCUCACUGGAGAGAUACAACGGCAUCGGGCCGCCGUUCAGCUGUGUCUUCAAGAUCCAGAACCUGGGCCUUUUCCCCGUGCACGGGGUGACGAUGAAAAUCACCGUACCUGUGGCCACCAGGGCUGGCAACCGUCUGCUGAUGCUGAGAGACUUCCUCACUGACCAGGUGAACACAUCCUGUAACGUGUGGGGGAACGGCACUGAGUACCGGACCACCCCAACGGAGGAGGAUUUGAGUCGUGCCCCGCAGCUGAACCACAGCAACUCUGACGUGGUCUCCAUCAACUGCAACGUGAGGCUGAACCCCAACCAGGAAACCCAUUUCCGGCUGCUGGGGAACCUGUGGUUGAAGUCUCUGAAAGCGCUCAAGUACAGGUCUCUGAAAAUCACCAUCCACGCCGCCCUGCAGAGGCAGUUCCACAGCCCCUUCAUCUUCCGCGAGGAGGACCCCAGCCGCCAGGUCACGUUCGAGAUCUCCAAGGAGGAAGACUCGCACGUCCCCAUCUGGAUCAUCGUGGGCAGCACGCUGGGGGGCCUCCUGCUUCUGGCCUUGCUGGUCCUGGCCCUGUGGAAGCUCGGCUUCUUUCAAAGCGCCAAGCGCAGGAGGGAGCCUGGCCUGGACCCCGCCCCCAAAGAGCUGGAGUGAGGCUGGGCAGGAAGCUUCGAGUAGAAGGGGGGCCAGUCCCGGCGGAGAGCAGGCCCAGAUCCGAGGCCCCACCAAGCUGCAGCGGACAGGACGCCAGCUGGCUUUGCACUUGACCUCAUCUCCUGAGUGACGCACCUGCUCCCUCUGGAAUGGAACUCAAGCCAGUUUUCAAGGGAAACUGUCCUGCUGGGGGGCUUGGGACACCUGCAGCACAGCUCCCUAGAGGCAGGAGAACACCCCCCCUCCCCCGUGGAGGGCAUUUGCUGCCCCAGCCACUAAGGUGCUAGGAACUGACCACCAUCCCUAUCCUGGGAAGAAGCCCAGGGAGGAAGACUGUAAAUACAACCCCGCUGUGCACCGGCCACGCCUCUCUGCAGCUCCAGAACGCAGCGGCCCAGCACUGCGGAAUCCUGCGACACCCUCCUGACCCCUCCCACGCCUGCGGCUGGCUCACAGAUCAGCCCCAACCCCAGGCCCCCAGGGCUCCCCAUGGAUAGACAGAAUGGCACCCUAGGGCUUGCUGGUGACAGCUGCCGCCAGGGAUGUUGGGAGACUCUGGGAUGCGGAGACUGCGGAGGGGUGGGGGUGGGACCCAGGAGGCUGUGGAUCCGGCUGAGCCUGGAAAGCAGCUGGCUCUCCUGCCACCCACACACUCCGUCCGCCCUGGCUCCCGGCCUCCCGCCUCCCCCUCUCCUCCCGCUGCUGUGUUCCGGGGUACCUCACGGGAAGGGGAAGCAAGGCACGUGGGUGACGCGAUGCCCGGGGCCCGGCCGCAGGCUGCACCUGACGCAGGCGCACUGACCCCACUGCAGCCAGGCGCAGGCUAGGAGGGGGGCCUCCCACUCCCUCUACGCCCACCAGUGCGUGGGAGAAGGGCUCGGAGGGGCCCUCCCUCGAAUGCACUGAACAACGCCCGUGCAAGGCUCCAGGCACCUGGGCAGCCUCACUGGCAAAUGUCUCAUCCACCAGCCCAGAGACCAAGUGGUACCACCACCGAUGGCGCCCCAAGGACAAGGGGCAUGCCUGCUGCCCGGCAGAGUAAUUUAUGCCUUAGCCUUGUUUUAAGGUAGGAAUGAAAGGGGACACAUCAAAGGCAUCUGUCCCCCUGUGCACAGUACGACCUUUACUGUCGGAGUUUUUAAAAAUUAUAUAAAAAAAAUCAUGUUUAAAACCAA